AUGAAACCCCUCACAGACCUACUGCGCUCUAGGAACAUAAGAUACCGCUGGGGAUUCCCUCUGGCCCUUACUGCCACGCAUAAUGGUACAACAGCAACUCUAUCCUCAGCAGAGGACGUGCGGGUCUUCACCUCGGCCCUAGACCUACCGGACAUAUACAUACCAGACUGGUAUGGGCCGCUACAACCCCCAAAUCGCUUGCAGAUGACCCACAAGCAAAGAGGGCAGACGCCAUCCAAAUGCAGAAGCAACGACCAAAUGCACCACCAAGGAGGUCCCAGACCGAGAGCAGGCCCCCCGGCCCUUCGAUGGGACCCAAGGCACGUGACGACGACCACCAGCUAA